AUGUUUCCUUCAAUAUCCAAUAUCUCUUUAUCACCAUCGUCGCUGUUUACAGCGUACGCGUCCUUAACCGGAUUCUUGAUGCUCUUUAGAUCACUGUUCAAUGAUGAAGUACCGGAGAGGCUCCGAUCAUACAUCACCGACUUACUCAACCGGUUUUUCACUCCGAAAUCAAAGAAUUUGACUAUGGUUAUCGACGAGAUCAUCGGAUUUAAGAGGAACCAAGUGUUCGACGCGGCAGAGGUGUACCUCCGGAACAAAAUCGGACCCGAGACAGCCCGUUUACGAGUAGGUAAACUCCCUAAGCAGAAGCACUUCACAAUCUAUAUCGAGAAAGGAGAAGAGAUCUUGGAUACUUUCGAGAAUAGCGAGCUGAGAUGGACUUAUGUUGAAUCAGAGAACGAGGCAAGCCAAAAAGAGAAACGUUACUACGAGCUCACGUUCGAGAAGAAGCUUAGAGAUAAAGUCAUGAACUCUUAUUUGAGCCACGUUGUAGCUGAAUCUGAGGAGACUAAGAGGGAUCUGAGAGCGGUGAAGCUUUAUAGCCGAGAUGUGCGUGCGAGCAAAGAUGAUGACGGAAUGGCUGGUGCCGGUUGGGGAUGUAUCAAUCUUGAGCAUCCAUCGACAUUCGAAACAUUGGCAAUGGACCCGGGUGCGAAGAAGAAGAUAAUCGAUGAUAUGGAGAGGUUUUUGAAGAGAAGAGAGUUUUACAAAAGAGUUGGUAAAGCUUGGAAACGAGGUUACUUGUUGUAUGGGCCACCAGGAACUGGUAAAUCUAGUUUGAUUGCUGCCAUGGCGAAUUAUCUUAAGUUUGAUGUGUUUGAUCUUGAGCUUAGUAGUAUUUAUGAAAAUGCUCAACUAAAGAGCAUCUUGUUAUCAACCACGAACCGUUCGAUUUUGGUUAUUGAGGAUAUCGAUUGUAGUAGUGCCGAGGUGGUAGACAGGGAAGCUGAUGAGUAUCAAGAAUACGAAGAAGGUUAUUAUGGAAGGGUGACUCUAUCAGGGCUUUUGAAUUUCGUUGAUGGGUUGUGGUCAAGUUUUGGGGAUGAGAGAAUCAUUGUGUUCACGACGAAUCACAAAGAACGGCUUGACCCUGCUCUGUUACGUCCUGGAAGAAUGGAUAUGCAUAUCAACAUGUCUUACUGUACAGGUUUAGGGUUUAGGACAUUGGUCUCUAAUUACCUCGGUUUAGGUGGCUUAAACCAUCCUCUUUGCGAGGAAAUCGAGGCGCUGAUCGAUUCCACUGAGGUGACUCCGGCUGAGUUAGCUGAAGAGUUGAUGCAAGAAGAUGAUACUGAUGUUGUCCUUCGUGGAGUAGUUAGCUUUGUUGAGAAUAGAAAGGUCGAGAUAAGCAAAACCAAGGAGCUGGAAGGUUCUACUUGUAGAAAACUUGAUGGUGACGAUAAACACAAUGUUUCUUCUACCAAUGAUUUGAAGAAGACGAAGAAGAAGAAGAAAGGUGGAAAAGGAAAAGCGAAAGGAAACUAGGAAAGGCAUUAAAGUUUAUCAGUUAGAUUUUGGUUCGGGUUAAUCAGUUUGGUUUGAUUUGUUACUUUAGAAACAUAGGUCUAUGGUUAAAGUUUAUCACUUUUUUGUUCUUUAAAUAAAUUUUGAAUUUUUGGUUCGGAUACGUUCACAUAUAGACGUGACAUUUUCUGAUAUGGUCGUAUUCUAGCAAUAGCAUGGUAUUUCUCUUCCCUCCGUUUCUAUGGGGAAUGUACAAAGAACAAAAAAAGUGAGAGAAAGAGAAAUGGAGAAGAGAAUCAAUGGUUGGUCAAAGAGAAAACAAAAACAUGUGGUGUGUAGCUUUCAAAGAAAAGAUUACGAGAUAUUUUUGG